ACGAGCCAAAAGUGGUUUCGGCGGUCGUCUUUGUUUAUACAGCGAAUAAUCAACUGAAGCUCAUUGUACAAACUGGAAACAAUAUGCCUAUUGUGGUAAAGACGCAAAACGCUGGCAAAGGUGAUUGGGCCAUCAUAGAGCUGCAAGGCGACCUGGAGGUGAGGAGCAACCAGGACAUGCAUGAUCAGUUUAUUGGAGAUCUGUACUACAACAAAUAUGGUCAACCUAUUCUUAUCAUUGGCCAUCACAUCCUUCAGGGACGUGAACAAAAACUUGAUAAACCCUUUGCGGUGCUAGAAAAAUCGAAAACCAACGAGGGAGAAAGACUUUUAGAUACGACCAUGACUUCGCAGGAUGUGAGCAUGCUGAAUGCCACCACAGGAGCCGAACGCACCGUGCUGGAUCACACAAUUGCCCAGGAGCACAAGAGCCGCCAGAGGACCGAGUACACAGUCCGCGCUGUUUGCACCAAAAAGUUAAUCUUUAAAUCGCGACCGAAACCAAUUAUAGCCAAUGUGGCCAAGUCCGUUUGAGUGUGUUUUAAAAAUAUAGUUUUAUUCGCUUUUUAUGAUAAUAGA